AUGGGGAAUGGAGCAUCAAACAUGGUCGGGCAGGCGAUGGCCAAACAGCAAAUGAACUCUGUCCUUGGCGACGCAAAACAAGGCAUGGAAACCCCCAAAGAGACGGAAGAACAGAAGCGACGACGAAAAGAAAACGACGAACGCGCCAAGUCCCGCAUUUCCGACUUUGAACAAAAGAAGAAAGAUCGAGAAGAACGCAAGAAGAAGCUAAAGAGUCAAUGGAACGCUCAUAAAAAGGCAAACACUUAG